AAGAAAUUAAAUGGAUUAUUUACUUCAAUUUUCGUUGAAAAGAUAAUGCCCAAUCAAAAUGCCAACGGCAACGCUUCUCUUAAGAGAACCGAACACCACCUCGCUAUCGGCAAUCGUCGAAAAGUCGCAACAAAAACCACUACAUCCAUCACUUGAGUACGAGUUAAAGCUGCGAUCAUCCCAACUCGAUUUGAUCCCAAUCCAGAAGAUUAAAUCGCCAUCAUCGCCACACUCAGACGAAGGAUUCGAAUCGGACAUCGAUAGCUUAUCGAUCGUUUCAAGCGAUGACAACUUCCCCACAAGAAACGUUGCUCAAAAAAAUAUUUCCGCCGAAACUGACAGCGCAAACGGAAGUGCAUGUAGUGAUACAGACGAGGAGUUAAAAGAAAAUCAAAUCGAAACCGAAUCGUACGAACUAGUCAAUUGCUUGUGUUACUCCGACGUGAAAUUCCCCGACGUUUUAGUUUUUGUGCUCAAAAUUGACGCGUUGGUAUUCAAAUUCGGUAAUCUGGAAGACUUAGAAUCGUUUUACACCAAUUUUAACACGUUAAAAGCGGUUUCGAACCAAAAAACCUACGGAAAAAAGGUCGGCAAGUUCAAUUUGUUGCAAAGAAUCGACGACGAUGGGGUAACCCACAUUGAAAUCAAAAAGGAACCAAAAAUCGAUUUUGACUUAAUCGAUUUCUCCGAAGAAAAAGUACCCAAAAAACCGGAGAGGAGGAAAAAAAUUAAAGGGAAAGCCCCACCACCACCCCCAACAACAACUUUAAAUCAGAUUAAAAUCAAUAAUUUAAAUGGAAUAGAAGAUAAAGAACAAAAUGUGUUAAAAGGCGAAUACAUCCGGGUUAAUGUCCCCAAAAUCGAUGUUAUAACCGAGAAAUUAACUCAAACUACGAUAAAUAAUAAUCAUUUUAAUAUAUAUCAACGCCCCAAAUUAACGAGUUAUCAACAAUUCAAAUUUAUAGCGGAAGAAAAAAAGAUUUUAACCCCACAAAAAAGAUUCCCGGAAAAUUGGACUUGCUCAAUGCCCCGAAAUUGCUCGAAAUAUCGCAGUAAAAGCGAAACGAGAUUAUUUCAACCUCAACAACCCAUUAAUUAUAAUUAUCGCUACAUAGACGCGAAAAAUUAUUGCAACUCCCCGAUUUAUUUAAGAAAAUCCAAUCAACAAUUUCAAUCAGGUUCAAUUUCGAAUCGAUUUUUUGGAAUGACUGGGAAAUUAAAGGAUUUUAGUAACGAUUUUAUCGGGAUUAACGACGGGAAUCGUUGGAAUAGUUUGGGGGAGUUAACGGUGAGGAAUCGGAACCAAAUCGAUUCGAAUUUGAAAAGUGUUAUAAAGAAGGAAGACGCGAAAAAGAAGGAGAAAAAGGUUACUUUUAGUGCUUACGCGACCGUUCAAGUUGUGUAAUAAGUUUUUUUUAAGGAAAUAUUUUAAUUAACCGGAACCUGAUCAAAUACGUAAUUAAAAAAUAAACUUU